AUGUCGACUUCUACUUCGAACCCUCCCAAUGGCCCAGCUGCCACCAGGGUCUCCGAAGAUCCUAUUGACGAGCGCAAAGCAUUGCCGCUUCCCACCUUCCAUUCUUUCCAAGAUCCCGUGAGGGGAGAGACUGCUAGACCACACUCGGUGGCAUCGAGCUCUCACAAUUUCGCAGACGAAAACCAUGAUCAUGAUCACCGCCACCUAUCAGAACGAUUCUCCUUUGGGAGCAGCAUUCAAAGUGAUGGAUCUAAAGGAAAGGAAAAAGAAAGAGGAAGGAGAAAAGAAAAUCUGUCCGCGCCAUACCAGAUACCGCGGAAUUCUGGAGGUUUCCUGCUCGAGCCUAUCACGAAUGCAAAGGGAGGGUCGCGCCUCUCAGUGACAGCCUCUCGCAGCGACUCUAGAAGGAAGAGAGACAGCACAGACUCGGAGCUGUCUAUCUCCAAGCGAAGGUCCAGGAAUAAUGCCAAUCUCAAUCCCUCCUUUAAAAGCUCACCUUUGGCCAGCGAACUCAGAGACGAAGCUGUUGUACACAACAAGUCAGCCGGUGGUGCUCUGAUACCUGGUACUGACUUUCGGAGGUCCUUGUCUUCGUCUCAACAGGAGCCUCAAACAAAUGGGAGCGCGACAUCGCGCUCGCGUGAUGAUGAGGCCCAAUCAUCUCGUGGUGCGAGCGUUGGAUAUGACCAGGACUCGGUGCAGAUUGUUCAGAUGGCACUUAACCUGAGUGAAGGCCGGCGGAGACUGGCUUCGGGUCGACGAUACGUAUCAUUGGAUCAAGGCGAACGUCGUGUUGUCUCUACUGCGUCAACGGUUGAUCCUAGAAGUACUGUGAAAAGGAAAAGUAUCGCUCCCUUUCUAGCGACGAGCAGACAAUCCUCGAGAACUGGGUCACCAAAAGCGAAACAGUCCAGUCGCCGACUCGAGUCGAAGGCACCUGCAAUGGACGAUGAUCUCAUCGACUUUGACAUAAACCUUCCAGACCAGAUAUCACCAGCUACAAUGGCGCGCGUUGAAAAGGCAAAGCUGUACUUUGAACUUGCCCAUGAGCAUCGACGGCUACUCUCACAUCUACCACCGAUCCGCAGGCCUGGUGCGCCUGCACCGUCAUCUGGAGCUGAGGCCAUGCAGAAAGCGUACAACCCUCUCCAAUAUGUCCGCAACCGCAAAUUGCGCAUUUGGGAGAAGACGUCACUUGAUAGUGAGGCGGAUGGUUGGCACGACAUAGAAAAGGUCAGGGCCUGGGUAGAUGCUGUAAUUUCGAGCCAUUCGGAGACUCAGCAUGAUCCCCUAGAGUGCGUUCGUUUGCCUCCCCUGGAUCAGAAACCAGCAGCCUCGGAUGAUCAAGAACAAGACGGCUCCCCGGUUGAGGCAAAAAGUGCCGCUUCCCCAAGGAUACAAGACCCUUAUUUUUCCAAGCCGACUCGGCCGCGUUCUGACUGGGUCACUCACCCUGCUGAUCUCCUCGCAGACGCAUAUUGGCUAGAGCAAGGCUUGAACAAGACCAAGAUCCAAGACCGUGACAAUAACCUGAUAUACCCUCCAAACACUCAUUUCAGAUUUUCUGGUUGGCGAAACGAAACUCCUGUAGAAAUUCCGUCUACACUACGGCAACAGCACUCCCCUACUCAACAGGAUGUGGAGUCAGGGGGCCCGGAUGAGGUUCCUCCCUCUGCUUUACCAGAGCUUCCCACAUUCAAAUCUGCCCACCAUAAGCACACGCACAGAAGCAAAUUCAGAGGGUCUCUACCGGCCAAGGAGUCAAGUAGUUCGAGAGAACGGUCACGCAUCCGGCACAAACUGUUCCACGAUAGCGAGUCUGAUGGAUCGGAGUCAUCGUCCUCGGAACAUAACAGUACUGACCGUGGGCGUAGGAGGCUCAGGCGCAAACGGCUACACUCUCCCCUCGGUAAAGGAACAGACGCACAUCGCAGCGACUCACCCUCUAAGCAUUCUCCCCACGUCAACGAUUCUAGUCAGCCGUCGUCGACCUUGAACUCGAAGAGAUCGUCUGUUGAUCACUCGGCCCUAACAAAGAUGCUUAAAAUCGAAAAUCUGAAAAAGGCUUCACCACUUAGUCGAUCACGCCACAGGGACGAACUGUCCCGUCCCACCUCCAUAAAGAUUCCAACUCGUUCAAGUCUAGACCAAGAACAACCCCGACGAGUGUCAAGCGAAUACGAUACUACCACUGCUCAGAAUUCACCUGACGUGCCGCAGUGGCCAAGUAUUGCAAUCAACCUUUCACCUCCUCCGAGUCGAGGAUCAUCUCCAGCAAGGAAGCAUAUGUCCUCGAUCCUCCAUCCGUUCCACAGCAAGCAGGAUUCGAAAGACGUUGAGCACAUCAGCGCUACUGACUUUGCGCAUGCUCCACAAGCACAGCCAAAUCAAUCUGCAGGUGAGACCAAACAUCAGUCGGAAAGUAACGGUUCGCGUGGCACUAGUCCGAUGACGAGAAGCCUGAGUCCGUUUUCAAAACCAGGAACCGAAUCCACGCACACCGACGACUUUGGGGGGUUGCUCUCAGGCGAUAGCAAGUCCACUUCCAUAAGCAAAGUCACCACCCGCUCAGCAGGUACUGGUGGAAGUGAUCAUUUCAAGUUCCGCGGGAUCUUCAAAGGUGGUCGUAUCGCCGAGCUUGUUGGAAAUGAAGUGUCUAGAGUCGGGGAUUUCAUCUGGAAGCGUGACCCUCCUCCGCCUGAUCAUCGGCACCAUAUGUCGAUAUCCGACUCAAGUCUUCGCUCAUACCGUGGUUCAGACUCGGAAAAGGAGACGGGUAUCAAUGGCAUCGUCAUAAAAACACCCCCGCCCAUGCGCCCACUAUCAAGGUCAUCUACUGUAUCAAGCACCAAAAGUGAACGACUCUUGCCCACAACAUCGCGAAUUAGCCCAAUGGAGAAUGGCCGUCCUCAGUACAAUAAUCCCAACCUCCCAAGCUUCGUAUCACCCUUUCAAAGGGAUAAGGAACAGCAGCAGAGGAAGCAAGCAUUGUCUCCUGGCACAGAUGGCAUCAGGAGCGAUAGUACAGACCAUAUCUCCCGCCUUGCAGUGCAACAUAGGUCCUCGUCUCGUUCGCCGCGCCUUGCUCGAUUGUCUCUUCCUAAGCUCGACACAGGGAAUACGAUCUCUCCGAGCGAAUUGGAACGGAAGCAGAGCUACGGGUUCGGGGCGGCUAUUGACUUGAGUCGAUCCCGAGAUGCAUCGGAGCUGUUGAACACUGCUCUCGGCUCUACGACAGGUUUGACGGGUCUCCACGGCAGUCGAUCUGCUGGCGACCUGACCCGUGUUCCAACGACUUCGGAGGAAUCCGAAAGUACCGGGACCUCCUGGCGCGACAUCGGUCGUGCCGAAGCGCUCUUGUACAGCUCGGCGGUAAAGGCUCGAGAAAUUGGUCGGCGUUCGGAAGAGGAAAUGCCUGAACUGCCCAAGUUCUUUCUCGGCACCCUCAAUCCUGUGGAGAAAGACUUGUGCAUGACCCAACGCCAACGGUGCAAGAGGCGGGAAUAUUAUAUCAUGGCCGCCAAGAAUAUCAUGAGGAAUUUGGACCAGCACUCUGCGGUGUUUAAUGAGAAACUCCAGCUCUUCAGUUCAGAGGUCGCACCUCGUCUCCACAUGCAGUUGCAGCAGUUGGAGGAUAUGAUUGAAAACAGGAUGACGCCACAGAUCCGGACGACGGCCGACCACGCAGGGGAACUCGGUAUGAAGUUGACCACGACAAGUACUCUUGCGGUGAAGGAGUUGAAUGAUUCGAUUGAGAAGGCCAUGAGAAAUAGACGAAGAGGUCCAAUUAGGCUUUUGCGGUUAUUGUUAUUCGCCGGCAUCGAAUGGACCGUGGUUAGUUUGCUAUGGUUGAUUUGGGCUAUUGUGUCCAUUGUGCGCUUGGUCACCGGUACAUUUCGAACCAUUGGUUGUGUGGUCAAAUGGCUACUUUGGAUCGAUUAA